UCCUGUGAACUUCUUUGUUAAUACAAGCGGAUUGAUAUAAUGUCCACCCAAGCUCCCGCGAGCACCACGUCGGUGCUUCCCGACCAUGUGCUGCGCGCGAUUCGCGGCGAGAUGACGGAGGAAGAGAAGCACAAGGAAAUGGACAAGUCUCUCAGCAGCUGGUGGAAGGAGUACGCGUCGCGUAAGAACGAUGAGGAGGAGGAGCAUGUCGCAGACUCGCUGCUGUACGACGAGCGGUGCCACCUGCCGCGCACCACGCCGCCGCCCACGCUGUCAGACGGGCGGUGUGUGAAGGAUGUGGUGGAGGCGGAGGAGGCGGGCGGCAAGAAGUAGCAAGGGAUUGCCGGUCGGAUAUGCCCUGCAGUGACGUGUGGCGGGGAGCCCGUGAGGGAAGACAUGCAGCCAACGCAGGUGGGCAGGUGGGCGCAGGUUAUUCCUCAAGUUUUACAUUAAGAAGCAGGACACGUUGAUGACGUAGAUAGGGAGUUGGCUCCAAGCAACAUGCAGGGGCAAGAGAGACGCCACGGGGUAGCCACGGCGGUAGGCUGCACGCGCACGUGAGUUACUGGCUUGGGGAUGAGACCGCAGGUUGUGAGUGAGCAUUGGGAGUUGGGACGCAGUAGCAGCGGGGCUGUAGCCCGAGGGAAGCAGGGGCGGCCAAUCCAGCUGUCGUGUGGUGGCUGCCACGCGGACGGAGGUACCGGACGUGUGCAGGCACUUGGCGAGAGCAAUGCGCAGCGGUAGCGCGGGCUGCGCAUGCGUGUGCGCCUAGGCAGUGCCGGCGGUAGCGCGAGCUGUGCAGGGCGCAGAGAGAGGGCACGCGGAGUGGUAGCACGAUAGAGCGGCGGCCCAGCAGCAUGGCCUCUGGUCUUACGCAUUGGCGUGUGAGAGGUUUAGUUCAGUCAGUUCAUCUAGCUGAGUGUGGUAAAGUGCGAAUAGUGCGUGUGCCGCUUGAGUCACGGGCCUGCAGCUUUGGAUUGGCGCGGCUCAUGUACGAUGGACGGGGUAGUGACCUACAAGCGGCUGCCCGCACUGCUGAGUCCUAUAACCGCUGUGGCGACCGCCAAAGUCACAAGCGGGAACGGCGUAAUGUUUGAUACAGCGCACCCUCGCCAGCGGACUGUCACUGUCUGCUUGGGUGCAUGUGAGGCUUGUCGGGGGGCUCGCUGGGAGCUGCGCUGACAUGCAUGCAAGGUGCUUAUUAGGUUGUGUGCUCGUGCUAUGGCGGCUUCAGGGCUAGGGACGAAUGUUUUGGCACGGCGCUUCGACGUGUGUGCUGCUGUCCUGUACCAUUUCUAGUCUUGUGCCGUCGGGGGCGUCCGAGGUGAGGGCAUCCGAAAGCCGUACGCGAAACUCGAGACGUUUCAUCGGUUCCGGGUUAAACUGUUGAAGGCUAGGAGAGCUGUGGGGCUGGCACGCGGGGCCCGCCUAGGUCUGACGUAACGGGAUCAGAGAGUACCAGCUGGUAAUCCUUUGAUGCUUGUGUUUCCAGCGCUUCUCGCACUCCGCACUCAUUCCAACCGUUUGA